CCUGCCACCCCUAAAACCCCAGAGUCCUCAAAUAGAAGAGUGAAACAAGAUAUUAGCCAUCAUCCAAACACUCAGAGAGGCUAUGGCCACGCAGCGCCCAGCACGGAUGGCGGCAAGGUGUUCUGCAUGUUCUACGCGCUGCUGGGCAUCCCACUCACGCUGGUCAUGUUCCAGAGCCUGGGCGAGCGCAUCAACACCUUCGUGAAGUACCUGCUGCACCGCGCCAAGAGGGGGCUGGGCAUGCGGCGCGCCGACGUGUCCAUGGCCAACAUGGUGCUCAUCGGCUUCUUCUCGUGCAUCAGCACACUAUGCAUUGGCGCUGCCGCCUUCUCCUACUACGAGCACUGGACCUUCUUCCAGGCCUACUACUACUGCUUCAUCACGCUGACCACCAUCGGCUUCGGCGACUAUGUGGCGCUUCAGAAGGACCAGGCGCUGCAGACGCAGCCGCAGUACGUGGCCUUCAGCUUCGUCUACAUCCUCACAGGCCUCACGGUGAUCGGCGCCUUCCUCAAUCUCGUGGUGCUGCGCUUCAUGACCAUGAACGCCGAGGAUGAGAAGCGCGACAGUGCGGGCACCUCCGCCCAGCGAGCUCAGCUGCCAGGGCCGACACCCUCCGGCGAGGCGCGGAGCACGACUGCGCGGGGCGAGGCCAGCGCGGGUCACGUGAUGCCCGGCCCGGAAGCGCUCGCACCCGAGACCCUCCGUGACCGGGUCUGGGGCUGCCGCUUCGAGUGA